CGAAACACGAUCCCGCCGGAGAGGCAGCAACAAACUCCGCUCAGCGACGAAGCAGGGGAAUGCAAUCUUAAUUCAUUUGCGCCGAAUGCUGUAGGACACCGAGGACAAAACGCUCCGAAGUGUGAUUUAAAAGCACAUGCGCGAGAACAGGAAAAACAAACGAGAGGAGGGAGAAAACUUCCUGAAUUGAACGGGGUUCUGCGGGAGCGAGCAUGACAACCCGGUGACUCGAGUUUUACGAAGCGCUCUCACAUUUCACUUGUCUCUCAGCAGCGGGAGGACUGGCUCGGACCUGGCAAAGGGGGUUAUGAACUCCGCGGACCACUAACCGCCUGAGGACUUUAACAGAUAAAUUAUAAUCCGCCGCAGCAGUAAAUACAGAUUAUUUAAAGGAGUUGUACCUGACGUCCGCGGCAAUGGGGGAGCAGCCGAUCUACACCACCAGGGCCCACGUCUUCCAGAUUGACCCGGCCACCAAGAAACACUGGCUUCCUGCCAGCAAGCAGGCCGUCACCGUCUCCUAUUUUUACGACAGCUCACGGAACAGCUAUCGCAUUAUCAGCGUGGAUGGAUCCAAGGUUAUCAUCAACAGCACAAUCACGCCCAACAUGACGUUCACCAAGACGUCCCAGAAGUUCGGUCAGUGGGCCGACAGCCGGGCCAACACCGUGUUCGGACUGGGCUUCGCUUCAGAGCAGCAGCUGUCAAAGUUUUCUGAGAAGUUCGAGGAAGUAAAAGAUGCAGCCAAGCUGGCGAGGGACAAAUCUCAAGAGAAGGGGGAGACGUUGAGUAAUAACUCUCAGGAGUCGGGUCGAGAGACGCCUUCGGCCGACCAGGCGUCCAGCUUCAACGGGACAGAUGAUGAAAAGAUCUCCUACGUCAGUCCAGAAGCUACUCAGCUGAAGAGUGAGAAUGAACGUCUGAAGUCCGCCGUAGAGCUGAGCAACACCAACGCCAAGAAGUGGGAAACGGAGCUUCAGACGUUAAGAGAAAACAACGCCAGGCUGGUGGACGCGCUGCAGGAGUCUUCAGCUAAUGUGGAGAGCUGGAAGAAGCAGCUGAACGCCUGCAAGGAAGAGAGCGACGCGCUCAGGCUGAAGAUUGCAGAACUUGAGGCUCAGUGUAACGACGCCAACAAGGAGAAACAGAAGAACGCCCAGCUGGCCGUCCGAGUGAAGGAGCUGGAGGCUGAGGUGCAGGAGAAGGAGCAGGAGCUGGAGAACCUGAGGAAGCAGGCAGAGAUCAUCCCUCAGCUGGUGGGAGAGUGUGAGAGCAUCACUGCCAAACUGAAGGCUGCAGAGACGAAGAACCGGGAGCUGGAGGGACGAGUCGACGGCCUGCAGGUCGACAUCAACGACAGCCGACAGAAACAAGGCAGCAUGAAGAGCGAGCUGAAGAAGUUCAUGGACGUUCUGGACGGAAAGCUCGACGAGCUGCACGAGUUCAGGCAGGGGCUCUCCAAACUGGGUGCCGACAACUGAGCUGCAGGGGUCAAAGGUCGGGGGGACGGGGGACGCAGGAUUCACUAAAGUAUUUCUUCAGGGCAGAAUCUUUGUGGCUGAA